AUGGACAAGCUUGGUCCUCUGUGGUGUUUCUUGGUCUUUGUUUACAUAUUUACUCAGACUACAAAAAUUAAUGGUAGUACUAACACAAAAGGAAAUGACAGCGUUAUGGGCGUUAUAGGUGCAAUUGUAGAUAAUAGUUCUCGUAUUGGCAAAGAAGAACGUUUAGCAAUGAAGAUGGCACUGGAAGAUUUCUAUUACAAGUUCAACCAAAGUUUGGUUCUGGAAGUCAGGAACUCUCAAGGUCAGCCCAUUCAGGCAGCUCUUGAAGCUAUGGAUCUCAUAAACACACAACAAGUGCAAGCCAUUUUAGGACCUCAAACAUGGGAAGAGACAUCAUUAGUUGCCGAGGUUGGAAGCAAAAGUGACAUCCCAAUUUUUUCCUUUGCUAAUACAAUUCCAAAAUGGGCAGCAGAGAGGUGGCCCUUCCUGUUGCAAGCAUCAACCAACGAAUUUAAUCAAAUGAAAGCUGUAGCUGCUAUUGUUGAGUCCUGGGAAUGGCAGCGGGUCACUGUUAUAUACGAAGAUAGAGAUUCUUCAGCCACCAGUGUCUUACCUCAUCUCUCCAAUGCCCUACGUGAAGUUGGUGCAGAAAUAAGCCAACUUGUAGCUCUUGCACCUUUUGCAUCUUCUUCAUUGUCUAAAGAGCUUGCGAGGCUUAAAGAAGGGCAAUAUAGAGUCUUUGUGGUUCAUUUGUCAUUAAGUUUGGCAGAAAAACUAUUUGAAAUGGCAAAAAGAAUGAAAAUGAUAGAAAGGGAUUAUGUAUGGAUCACCACUGAUCCCAUUACAAGCCUUGUCCAUGCCAUGAAUGCCACCACCAUCUCCAAUAUGCAAGGAAUUUUAGGAGUCAAGAGCUACUUUCCUGAAACUGGAGGCCACUUUAAAGAAUUCCAUCGUAGAUUUCGCAAAAGGUUUAGGUCAGAACAUCCUGAAGAGAAUAAUCAUGAGCCAGAUAUUUUUGCUGCACAAGCUUAUGAUGCUGCAUGGACUGUGGCCCUAGCAAUGAGGGAAAGCAACAAAGUGCCUCCUCUUUUGUUAGAAAAAGUUUUUCAUAGUGAUUUUCAUGGCUUAAGUGGAAAGGUUGAAUUCAUUGACAAUAAAUUAGUCUCUUUAAAUAUAUUUCAGAUUGUCAAUGUGAUGGGUAAGAGUUAUAGAGAACUCGGAUUUUGGUCAUAUGGACAUGGUUUUUCGGAGCAUAUCAAUGAAAAUGCUGCUUACAACUCUUCCAUGAAGGUUCUGGGACAAGUAUUUUGGCCAGGGGGACCUUGGUAUACUCCAAGAGGAUGGACUCUACCAACAAGCACCAACCCACUGAAAAUUGGUGUACCUGCUGCAGCCAAUUUCAAAGAGUAUGUUAAAGUGGAAUAUGAUCAAUCUGAAAGCAAUAUUUCUUAUACUGGAUUUGCAAUUGAUGUCUUUAAAGCAACUUUAGAAGAGCUGCCAUUCUACUUGCCAUACAAUUUCCUCCCCUUCAAUGGCACAUACAAUGCUCUAGUUGAGCAAAUUCAAUUGAAGAUUUUCGAUGCAGUUGUUGGUGAUGUAACAAUAGUGGCUGGGCGAUAUCAAUACGCAGAAUUCACACACCCCUACACCGAGUCAGGAAUUGUGAUGGUAGUUCCUGUUAUAUCUAAAACAUCAAAUAGAGCUUGGUUAUUCAUGAAGCCUUUCACAAUGGCCAUGUGGAUUCUGACAGGAGUAAUAAAUUUCUACAAUGGCUUCGUUAUAUGGUUGUUAGAACGAAAUAAUUGCCCAGAACUCAAAGGCUCUGUGCUGAAUCAAAUGGGAAUGUUAAUUUGGUUGGCCUUCAAUACACUCUUAUCUACAAAUGGAGCAAGGUUACAUAGCAAUUUAUCACGGAUGACAAUGGUGGUAUGGUUGUUUGUAGCACUCGUCAUUAUGCAGACUUACACAGCUAACCUCACCAGCAUGCUUACUGUCCAGCACCUUGGACCUACUGUAACAGACAUUGAGACACUAAAAAGCAGCAAUGCUAUAAUCGGACAUUGUAGUGGAUCCUUUCUGUCGAGAUAUUUGGUGGAAGUGUUACAUUUCAACCCUAACAACAUCAAGACGUUUUCCUCAACUGAAGCUUAUGCUCAUGCUCUUAAAAAUGGAGAAAUGGCAGCUGCCUUUCUUGAUGUUCCUCUUGCCAAUUUAUUCCUUGCAAAAUACUGCACGGGCUUUACUAAAGCUGGGCCAACAUACAAAGUUGGGGGGUUUGGAUUUGCAUUUCCAAGGGGAUCCCCAUUGCUUUCUAGCAUAACUGAAGCACUACUUAAGGUAUCUGAGAGUGGUCAGCUACGUGAAUUAGAGAACAACAUGAUUACAUCCGCUAAGUGUGAAGACGUAGAACCGGACAAAGAAACUCCUAGUCUUAGCCCCAACAGCUUUUUAGUACUCUUCAUAUUAUCCGGAGGCACAUCAACCAUCGCUCUUUUUGUCUACAUUUUGCGUGUUGAUAAAUCAAUACUUCGUCACAAAAUCAUGUGGAGGGUAAUGAGGACUAUAAUGGGGCAUUGGGGGAGUCAAAAGCGACGAUUCUCAAGAAGGGUCAGUGAUGUUGCUGAGAAUGCAAGUAAUUCUCCCAACACAUUCGAACUGCGGAAUCAAGUAUAGAACGCUUUACGGCUAUUGGCAUCUAGAGAUGUGGAUCCAAAAUAAAUCUCUUCAUGAAUGCCAGAAGUACUACAUUAAAUUUAGAGAGAACAAAA